GUUUUGCUCCUCCCAGCUUGUCCUAAACUCCCUCCGCCUCCCCACUCUUCUCUUCUUUUGACCGAAACGGCGACGGACUUACCUGCAAUAUCUAGAUCGAUAGCCGGAAACAAAGAAGAGAAGAUGGCGGCGCCGGAAGCUCCAGUAAAGUACGUCGGUAUCCUAAAGGAAUCCGCCGCUUUCCGCCUAAUGAAAUCGAUGGGAUGGGAAGAAGGAGAAGGACUUGGUAAAGACAAGCAAGGGAUCAAAGGCUAUGUCCGUGUCAAGAACAAGCAAGACACAACCGGUGUUGGUGUUGACAAGCCGAAUCCAUGGGCAUUCGAUACUACUCAGUUUGAUAACAUUCUCAAGAAGUUGAAAGUGCAAGCAGCACCUAUCAAGAAGGAUGAUGCUUCGGAGAAGGAAGCUGAAAGUGACGAUGAAGCUGGCAAAUCUGAGCCUGUCAAGCCCAAUGUUGCUAAGGUUACUCGUCCACAAGGAAGGUAUAAACGUAGAGAGAAGGGGAAGCUUGUCAAUUCUUACUCUUCUAAAGAUCUUGAAGGCAUACUUGUUAAGCGAACUGAGGAGCCUUCUCCUGCGGUUUGUGACAUAGCCGAUGAUGCUAUGGAGAUUGAAAUCAUAUCUGAGGACCAACAUCCUGAUGUUGAAGAACAGAAAAUCGAAGAACCUUCUUCAGACUGGUGGGGAUUUAAAUCCGGGUUUGUCUCGGGCGGUCUUCUUGGAGCUAAGCCUGGCAAAAAGAAAUCAUCCAAGUCUAAGGAGCGAAAAAUGUUUUGUGAGGACGAUCAAGAGAAUCUUUACAACAUGGUUCAGGAUAAAGCCACGGCUGGAAAACAAGGACUGGGUAUCAAGGACCGGCCUAAGAAAAUAGCUGGUGUUCGUUACCAAGGAAAGAAAACUUCUUUUGAUAACAGUGAUGAUGAUGACGAUACUGAUGAAGAGGAAGAGGAAGAAGAAGAGAGUGAAGAAGAUGAUGACAAGGACUCUGUUAUAGAAAAUUCUCUCCCAGCAAAAAGGAAGCGUGAUGAAAUCACUGAACCUAAAAUCAAGUUGAAGAAACUGUGCAAGCAGAUUCUUAAAAAGGAAGCUGGUAGUGGUGGAUCCAUGAAGCUGAAACAGCUUAAAUCUCUAAUUGAUGAACAAGCACCAUCGCUUCUCUCGGAGUUUUCUUCAAGGAAAGAUGCUAUUGCUUACUUGAAACUUAAGCUGGAGCGAAGUGGGAAAUUUAUUGUGGAGGGAAAGAAGAUCAGUCUCGUAUCUAAAAACAAGUGAGGACAAUUAUCGUUAUACUACCUGCAUAGGACAGUGGAGAUUAGGGCAAGUUUUGUUACUGAAUCACCACCAUGCCAUAUGUAUAACAAAUAUCUUUUCAUUUUGAAAUUUUGAGAGUCUGCAUUAAAACUUCACCAUAGUAAGUCAAAACUAAUCUCUUUUAUUGAAGAGCAGAUAUAGAACAAACUCUUGUUUAUUGUGUUUCUGGAAUUUUCAUGCUGGAGUGUGAAGCGUUGUUAUAUGUA